CUCUUCUUAUCGCAUUGCAUCAACUCCUUCAUCAUGCCUCACGCCGACUCGUCCUACUUCGGCUCCAAUGCCUCGAAAUCCGACAUCUACACGCAGGUCAUAGAGCAGGCCACCGGGCUGGUCUACGGCCAGCGCAACUGGGUCAGCAACUUCUCCAACGUCGCCUCCCUCCUCUGGCACGCCUACGCCGCGCUCCCCGCCCCCUCGUCCUCCGUCAACUGGGCCGGCUUCUACAUCCGCCAAGACAAGUUCCCCGUGCUGGGCGCCUCCACCGCCGAAGCGACCUCCAAGAAAGACGUGCUCGUGCUGGGCCCCUUCCAGGGCCGUCCGGCGUGCCAGGAGAUCCGGUUCGGGCGGGGCGUGUGCGGCACCGCGGCUGCGAAUAAGGAGACGCUGCUGGUGCCCGAUGUGCAUGCGUUUCCCGGGCAUAUUGCGUGUGAUGCGAGUAGUCGGAGCGAGAUUGUUGUGCCGGUGUUGAGUGGGGGGGAGACUGUUGCGAUUAUUGAUAUCGAUUGCACGGAGCCAAAUGGGUUCGACGAGGUGGAUCAGAAGUUCCUGGAGCAGUUGGCUAAGCUGUUGAGUGAGAGCUGUGAUUGGUAAUAGAUCUAUCUCACUAGACGGUGUUUGGGACGGAGUGUAUAGAGGAAGCUAGGUGAAUAAUGUGAUAAUGAAUGAUAGAGAUAGAUAUAGCAGGGUGGGAAUGAUCCUUACCGACGGUGCAUGGAUGGCUGCGAGUGGCUGGAUGGAUCAGUAACACUGCUUGGCUUACCUAGUCAGGGUUCCUGCAUGGAAUGAGGGGUGUUUGUGAUCUUGAGACAGAACUAGGUUACAUUGCAUGAUCAACCCGUGGACAAGAGUACAAGAGUAGCGGGUUGUCAAGAAGAGACAUGCAGCAAAUCCAGCGGAACCGUAGGGAUUAUAUACAACCUCGGCAUCGGUUACACGACGAUCAAG